AUCUUGCUUGAUUCUUCUUUCACCUUUGAUCAUCUUUCUGCAGUAGGCAUCCUUGUCUGUACAUUAUAUCUAGACCACAGCUUCCAUCCAACGUUGUUCCGUCAUGACCGUGGACAAGAUCGAUGUAACCGGUGACCCGAGGGUCGAGCGCCGCUCGGCAAACGUCAAUGGCAAGACAUACGGCUACCUCUACAGCGAGCCCGAAUCGGGGGUUUAUCGGGCGACAAUCUUCCUCCUCCAUGGCUUCCCCGACCUAUCCAUGGGAUGGCGCUACCAAAUCCCCAUGUUGAUUUCCAUGGGUCUGCGAGUUGUCGCUCCAGAUUGUCUAGGAUACGGCCGAACAGACGCACCCGAAGAAAUAGAACUAUAUUCGCACAAAAGCUGUGCCAACGACAUCAAAGAACUCGCAACCCAACUACAAGCACCCGAAAUCAUCCUCGGCGGACAUGACUGGGGCGCCGCCCUCGCCUAUCGCGUCGCGCUCUGGCACCCGGAGCUCGUAACGCACAUCUUCACAGUCUGCGUGCCGUAUGCAGCGCCGACACGAAAAUACCUCGCGCUAGAAGACAUGGUAGAGAACAUCGCGCCACAUUUCGCGUACCAGCUGCAAUUCCGGAGCGGAAAUCUCGAAGACGUCAUCUUCAGCAAGGAAGAUAUCGAGAAGUUCUUGUCGGCGCUGUAUGGCGGUCGGACGGAUGAUAGGGAUGUGGCGUUUGAUGCCGAGUAUGGGGUUUUGUUGGAUCGGAUGGAGCUUGUUAGGCCGUCGCCUUUGUUGAGUGAGGUGGAACUGGAAUACUACGCGACUGAAUUCUCGAGGAAUGGGCUUCGGGGGCCGUUAAACUGGUACCGCACACGGGAGAUCAACUACGAAGAAGAACUUGCCAUUUUGAACGCACGCAUCACAGCCCCGUUACUAUUUAUCCAAGCGCUGAAGGACUCCGCGUUGCCACCGCACCUAGGAAAAGGAAUGACGAGGACCGUCCCGCAUUUGACGUAUAAACAGGUGAAUACGUCGCAUUGGGCGCUGUGGCAGGAACCGGAGGAGGUGAAUGAGAUCAUUGCGUGGUGGCUGAAGGAGGUGGUGUUUAAGAGUUUGAGGAUGUCGAGGUUGUGAGUGGUGUUGUAUGAAGGUGGUUGGGAGUGUUCUGUAUGGGUAUCUGACACCCAGGUGUACUCUUUUGUACGCAUAUGUUGAUUGAUUGAUUGUUGUACUCUUGGGGCUGGGCUGAUGCGAGUGUCUUUUGGGAUCUUGGAUUUAUCCGCUGGGCGGGAUUGCUUUGUCUUUCUGUUAGGGAUCACGCUUUGGAAAAUGGGUAUCUGGGUUUGCUAGUCCUAGGAUAAAGUCAGAGUAUUUUGCUCUACUACUGUUCCUUUAUACAAAUGGCAUGGAG